UGUAGAAAAAAAAUCAUCGCGUAAAUUAAUCUUUGAUUAAUCACGCCGAAAGAUCUGACGUGCAAUUAGGUAGUGCAGAAUUGGACAUCAACCUGCUGUAUUUACGUCCUGUUGAAUUUAAAAAGUGACAAAUUCUAGUCAGGCCACUGGACAACAAACUGUACAAAUUGAAGCACACUCUGCGUGAGUAAUAAUGGAGUCUACUUUAUCUGACGAAAAGGACGCUUCGAUCGCAGAUGAAGUCAAAGCGAAGCAAGUCACAGAAAAUGAAAAUGCACCCACAUCGUCCACACCAUCAGUGCCACCAUCCACCAUCGUUGAUGAAGAAUUAGACGCCCUUCUCAACGAUGCCCUCCAAGAUUUCGGAAAAGUGCCCCAAGUUCAACCUCCUGCAAAUAAUUUUAGCAAUAAUAGCGUGGCGCACAGUUUUGGAGCUAAAGGCAACAAUGAAGACAUGAAUCAGGUUUGGACGGAAGAAUUUAUUAAGGAAGCAACUGCUCAAUUUGAAAAGAAGAUGAGAGAGUGUCUUGUGGCCCAACAGCAAGGAGGGGCCUCGUCGUCGGGUACAACAUCACUAGAGACAGUUGCUCAAGAUUUGAAUAGAGUUGUUGAAGCAGCCACAAAAGCCGCUGUGGGUAACGUGGUCGAACCUUCGGCAGUGAUGUCGCAAAUUAAUGAAGCCAUGAAAAAUGUUAAUCUAAAUCCGCCAGUGAACGAUGGUGAUUUCAAUGAAGAUGAACUGGCUAAAUUGAUGAGCAGUUUUGGGAUGGGAGGAGGAGGUGAAGGCGAUGAUUCUGAAUUAGACGAAUUUCUUCCCUUUAUGACCAACUUUAUGCAAAAGCUUUUAUCAAAGGACUUGUUGUACCCUGUGUUAACUGACAUUGUCGACCGAUAUCCUGAAUGGCUAGCAGACAACAGAUCUAAAAUUUCGGGCGAAGACUUUGACAAAUACAACAACCAAUAUGGAUACAUGAAACUAAUAUGUGAAGAAUACGCUUCGGAAACUCCUACCGAUAACGAUGAAACUAAACGGAAACGAUUUGAUCGAAUCUCUGAGCUUAUGAUCAAAAUUCAGUGUUGUGGAUCGCCACCCAAAGAUUUGAUCGGAGAUGAUGGAGCCUUUCCAAAUAUGGACCCUGCAGCAGCAUUUGCAAGCAUGGGAAUGUCUGGUGCAGGAGUAGGAGGACCUGGUGGAGAUCAGUGUUCCAUUGUUUAAAAAUCAUUAUUUUAAGACAUGCUCAGAUUUGGUCACCCCAUAAUCCUAUUCAUCUCAUUGUCGUUUCACAUUGUUCCUUUUUGCAGCUUUUACUUGUUUUUAUAUCGUAUUUCAUUUAAUUGUCACUUUUACUCUGGUCAUGCCAUUUUACCCUUGACUAUAAUUUAAUUGCCAUAAUCGACAAAUGCAAAAUGUUUGUAUCGUACUUUUUACGAUAAACCGUACAACUUCAGAAUUACAUUAUUUUAUGAACACCGAAUCAUAAUAGUCAAACAUCGAAACAAAUGAUGAGUCACAAUUUACAAUGAUGUAUCACGAAUAACUGAAUUAAUUUAUUCGAGUAGAAUAAAAUAAAAGCAACACAAAAAAUA